GUCAUCCUCUUUGAAACAAGAACACAACAAUUUCCCUCAUGAAUACCCCCACCGACCAAGUUCCACCAGGCUGGACCAACGAACCUGCUCGCCUGAGAGGGCUUUUCUAUCCCGGCUCAGGAGAGAGCCAGAUGGCAAGAAGCUACGGGCUGACGGACUUCAACCCACUUCUUUUCAAUACUCCGGAUACAGGGGAAAUGGGCUAUAUACUUCAGUCGGGCGAGGAGUUCUAUUGGGGUGACCUCAUGAUCGAUUAUAUAUUCUUAAUCACAAAACCGAAGACGUUAGAGGAAUUCUGCAUACGCUUACCACGGAGGGAGAUAAAGGUUUGAAGACAAAGGAGCUGACACCGGUGGAAAUGGA